UUUCACUUUGACAACUAAUUACCUGGUUACAAAUAAUCAGAACCCAGCGUUUGCUCCGCUUCAUUGUCACAAAGUUUGCUAGCGAGUCGCCAUCGCUGUAAUCAUGUGUACACUGUUGAGCAGGCGAGCUGGAUUGGGGCUGGUGACCUCGGGUCCUGUACUACUAGCGAGCAGGUGCAUGAACCAGACGAGUGGAGGGUUCUUGCAACCCAAUGACCCUAACUCUCCAGGAGGUUUGCCCAGAUUCGCCGGGCACACGACAAUGAUGCGUCUGCCCACAAUGGCACCUGGCGACGCAGCUGAAAAGCUCAAUGCCUGUUUCCUGGGCGUCCCCAUGGACUGGGGAACAUGCAACCGUCCCGGUACACGUUAUGGACCGAGGUACAUUCGCUGUGAGUCGUCACUGCUGCGACCGUACAACACCAGCACUGGCGCGGCUCCAUUUGAAUCUCUGCAGGUGGCAGAUAUCGGCGAUGUGCCGGUGAACCCAUACAGCCUGCCGAAGUCCGUCGCUUGCAUUGAAGACUUUGUCAGCGGACUAGGUAGCUGUAGGCCGUUGAGCAUGGGCGGUGACCACACCGUCACGCUGCCAAUACUCCGCGCUCUGGCCAAAGAGCAUGGAAAGAUGGCUCUACUGCACAUUGAUGCACACUCUGACACCGAAUCCAGCAUGUUUGGAGAGGACGUGGCACACGGCACGACAUUCUACCGGGCGUGCGUCGAGGGGCUGAUUGACCCGACGCUGUCCACACAGAUAGGACUGCGAGGCGGUGACUAUGGUCCAGGUGACUAUGACUGGACCAAAGAACAGGGUUUCCACAUGGUCUGGGCAACGGAUUGCUGGUACAAGUCCAUGGUACCGCUGAUGGAGACGGUACGCACUCGUGUUGGCCAGCAACCUCUCUAUAUUUCGUUCGACAUUGACGGCUUAGAUCCGUCCAUUGCACCUGGAACAGGAACACCAGAGAUCGGUGGCCUAACUACUCCGCAAGCGCUUGAGAUCAUCCGAGGAGCACAGGGCUUGAAUGUUGUGGGUUGUGAUUUGGUUGAGGUUUCUCCUCCGUACGACGUGUCGAAUAUGACAGCGCUAACGGCCGCCAACCUCCUGUUUGAGAUGCUGUGUGUGUUGCCAGGCGUCAAGUACCACAAGUAACUCGGAAGUGGUCGCUAAUGGUCGAGUGGGACACACAGUCCAUGCAGGAUCAUGCUCUCGACUGGAAGCUUUGGUGCCGGACCAGAUUGUCAAUAUUUGUGCCGGUCGGACUGAGCGCCCAUAUCACUCAGUGAACGAGUUCACACGGUACAGCACUAGCAAAAUGACAGUAGUAUAGCCUCUCUUCCGGCCGGGCUAACUAGCCCUAAUGGCUGGUCAAAGCACUUUUUACAGCCAGGAAGCUGAUAUCGAAUGGCAGAACUACAAUGUCAUGUACUUGUGCAACGCCGUAGUCGCAUGGCAGUUGACACUUCGCGGUACUCUCAGUGCAUUCCUUGCACUGAAUAUCACUUGAGUGAUGACUUCUCUUAAACUUAUUGCAAGCUGGUUCUCUUGUUUGCCUCUCCCAACAUGUACUGACAGUAGCUACAGUCCAUUCAUAAAAAGAUGGACUUCUAGUUUUGGCCAUAAAAUAUUGGGUUAAACUUUGAGGUUUUUUUAGAAUUUUUUCUGCAAUCCCCUAUGAAAUCCUCUUCCAAUUAUGUUUCUGAAGUGUAUUUCUCCAAAAAGCAAGCCCUACCAAGAAUAGGAUUUCGGCCAGGUUUUGCCCCAAAAGCACUGGAAAACCAUCAAAAUCGAGGCCGUUUGACCCUGCCUGCAACAGUGCACUGUGCGGUUCGAACCCCAGCUCGGGUAUGGACUGUAAUGUAUGCUACAACUUCGUGAGCUGCAUCGGGCAUGGUUGAAGAGCCCAAUCCUGCUCUACAAUUGUAGUCCCAUCGAUGUAUCGGCAUUUCGUCACAGAGUCCUUGACCGCACAAUCUGACCUGAAAUAAAUUCACACGUGUACACACUACCAUUAUCCCUUUUCUUCUGACUUGUAUGUUCUCGCCAAGACAUACCGUACAAUCUCGCGCAUAAGCCCAUGCUCGCGUAUAAGCCCAGGCCAAGUUCGAACAUCACGAAGCUUCAUUCUACAAGCCCAUGACAUGGGCCUAGGUCGACCGGUCGUACCAUGUACGUACUACAUGUACAUGAACGUUUUUUUUUGGUUUUUAGUGUUUGUUGUACAUUUCAACACAAUCGUCGGUUGUUUUUGUUUGCACAGUGAUUUUCAGCAAUGCACUUCUUAUUCUCACUUCCUUGGUACUUUUCAAUCUGAGCACUAUUUUGGUGUCACCGUA